GUAGAAUAUUUUGAUGUUAGAAAUAGGAGUAGAAGUUUUUUGGGGUAUAUGUGCAUAUUCUACUGAGAACUGAGUAAGGUGUAAGUAUAUAUAGUAAUAUAAAGAGUAAAUGGCAUCCGUUAUUGUGAAUUUUGAUUUUUGAGCGUGUAAGGGGUGUUCUGUUCUGUUCUGUUCUGUUCUGUUCUGUACUGUUCCAGCCCUAGCCCUGUACAGGACACACCAAAUAAACACCUCGCAACUUGCAGUAGCGGACAACCAUUAUCUUGCUUUGCCUGCUUUACAGCCCACAAAAACAAAAACCAAAAGGGGAAAACACAUCAAAUUCAAAUCAAAAGAAAGAAAGAAAUACUACCAAAAAGAAUAGUGCCUCCUUUCUUUCUUGUUUAUCAAUAGUCUCUUGUGCUUGUGCUUCAAAAUUUUGAAUCUUUUUGCUUCUUAGGUUUUUUGAACCAUCAAUCAAUAGUAGAUUUUUCUUACUUUGAUUUGGUGUGUACAUAAAUUUGCUCAAGGAAUUGUUGGGGUGGUUUGGUAGAGAGAGAAUAUUAACCAUUAAACCCUGAGAGAUAGAUAGUAUUGUCGGCGCAGGGUCACUUUCUGUCGGCAUUGUCUGUAUCCAACGAUGAUUCUCACUGACUAUUAAUUUCUAUUUAAUUUUUUAUUCAAAAGUACAACGGAGAUGGUAGAUGCUUUGUUUUCAUUAAACUUGCAGCCCAAAGCUGUCUCUGUGUUGUGUUGUUUCAUUUCUUUAGAUGAUUUGGACCUUCCCUCACGUUUUUAAACCAGCUACACCUAUUCCACCAACUUCAAGUAUUGCUUCUCAAUUCCUAAUCACUGCUGUCUCUUUUGUCUGCCCACACCCUUUUCCUUGAUUUCACUCAUUCACUGUUAUCUUGUUCUGGGUAUCUCUUGAUUUCUUCCCCCAAGUUCAUAAAGUUUUCUGUUUCCUUCUAUGUGAGGAUAUGGGUGAUUUUUUCUCUGGGUGAUUCUGCUUCUAAUAGAUCAAUUCAAUUUCUCAUUUCCAAAUGAAGCUGCUGUUUCUGGAGAUCUGCCUGCAUUAUUUCUCUGGGAAUACAGGUUUGAAGUUCGGACUUUAUUCUGUAUUUCCUUUUUCCGUCAAUGUCUCACCAUUUUUUGUCUGUGAUUUGACUUAAAGUAGUUCCAUUGUUUUGACGACCUAUUGAAUUUGGACCUUUUUAGGCUGUAUCUGUAAUUUAUAUGUCCAAUUGACUUUCUUUUUUUUUUUUCAUUUGGGGAAAGGAUUCAAACCAAACUCAUAGAGUCAUACAUGUAUCAACCAUCGAGUCAAAUAUUUGGUAGCUCUAUUAAAUUUUUUUAUUUACAUUAGUAUUCGGAUAAUUACAAUGUUCGGCGCUUCUGUUCAAUGGGUAUUCAGUAGUACUGAAUGUGAAAUGUCCUAAACCGAGUUGCCUCUUUGAGUUUCGUCAGCUUUCAUUUCCAAUGCAUUAACCAAUGCAAAGCAUCUUUCUUCUAUAAGAUUGUCUUCCGCCUGCUAGCUACCAACUUGCUUGCAUUAUCCACGCAUCUAUAGGCAUGGAUCAUAUGUAUGCCGUUUCAUUUUAUGCACACUGCUUUUGUUGUUUGAAUGCAUAUGUUGAUUCCAGAUAAAGAUUUAUCUGGUCGUGGCAUCCUCUUUAUUUCAGGUUCAAUGUAUAGUAAAUUCAAUCCCAGUAAUACUGCCCCGCAUAGCUGAAGUAGUUCCCGUACCAGAUGUCAAGGACUCUUGCAGCAAUAUUAGGAGGUGCUGCAGGAGCCGUGGCAUUGGUGGGAAUAAUUGGCUUGCUUGUAUGGUUCUGCCUAUUUCACAAACGUGGUGUCUCGAGAACAUCUGAGACAGGGUCUUCAGAUCCAUCUGUGCAAGGAAGACAUCUUGGGGUUGAGUUAUCAUUACAGGAUGCUAGACGUUUUGAGUUGGGGGAGUUGUCUUUGGCGACCAAAAAUUUCAGUGAUAGAAACCUGAUUGGGGAAGGAAAAUUUGGUGAGGUAUAUAAGGGUUUGCUUCAAGAUGGGAUUCUGGUUGCCAUCAAAAAGCGAGCUGGAGCUCCUAGUCAGGAAUUUAUUGAUGAGGCAUGCUAUCUUUCCUCUAUUCAGCAUCGGAAUCUUGUCACUCUUUUGGGCUACUGCCAGGAAAAUAAUCAACAAUUUCUAAUUUACGAAUAUAUACCCAAUGGAAGCAUUUCCAUUCACUUGUACGGAGCUGGUCAAGUGUCAGCUCAGAAGAUAGAAUUCAAGCAUAGACUUUCAAUAGCUCUGGGUGCAGCUAAAGUUACUUGUCCCUUUGCAGGCUUGGCCCAUCUUCACUCUCUAAGUCCUCGAUUGGUACAUAAAGAUUUCAAAACAGUAAACGUUCUUGUAGAUGAGAAUUUUAUAGCUAAGGUUGCAGAUGCAGGAUUACAUAAUUUUCUGGGAAGAAUUGAUAUUGCUGGACCUUCUUCUCAAGUGACAGCAGAUGAAAUAUUCCUUGCUCCUGAGGUAAGGGAGUUUAGACGUUUUUCUGAUAAGAGUGAUUCAUAUAGUUUUGGAGUAUUCCUUUUGGAGUUAGUAAGCGGGCGGGAAGCAUCAGAAUUACCAUCUUCUGACUCCACAUUUAACCUUGUUGAGUGGGUGCAAAAUAGUCAGGAUUACAGCAACAUUUCCAGCAUCAUUGAUCAGAGGUUGGGGAGUAGCUUCACAGCUGAAGGUAUGGAAGAAUUUAUAAAGUUAAUAGUCCGAUGUUUGGAACCUUCAAGCGAGAGGAGACCUGCCAUGAGCUAUGUUGUAAUGGAACUUGAUCGGAUACUUGAUAAAGAGAUGAGCUUGACGACCGUGAUGGGGGAAGGAACCCCAACUGUGAUCCUUGGAAGCCAGCUUUUUAGAGCAACAAAAUAAAAGAAACUUGUAAUGCCUCCAAAUUGUGGGUGUGAUCUUGGUGAAGUAGAAUUUUUAUUUUCUUUAUGGAAACGUUAGAGAGGAGAUUCAGCUGUUUGCUAAGUGUAUAAAGAAGAGCUGUAUUUUCUUUUUCUUUUUUUUUUUUAAUUUUAUUUUAUUUUUUGCAUGGUGUCAUAAAUGUGAUGAGAAAUGAUGUUGUAAACCAUUAUUUGUUGUUAAUAGUAAAGUGGUUGGUGUGAUUUAUACAUUGUUUUGGGAAAA